GCGUUUGAAUGUGCCUCGGUGAAGAUUCCUCCACUAGGUGGCAGUCACACCUCAUCCACCGUCUGCGGCGGCACAGAUUCUGACCGACUCACCGAUCAGCCUGAAACCGAAACCAGCGGCGGGGGGAAAGACGAGGAGUGCUGAGCGAUACUGACACCAACAUGCUGUACGAGUCGGCUGAAGAUGACUCUGGCAUAUCUGCUGGUUUAAGUCGUCUGGGCCUCUCUGCAGGUGAUAGAAGGUACAUCAUGUACUAUGGCACCACCAAGCAGAACGCUCAAGCAAUCCUGAGAUCUGGUUUUUGCCAGCCUGAAGACGGGAUGCUGGGCCGCGGCGUCUACCUCCACAGAGACCUGCAGAAAGCGAGCCGCUAUCCCAUUGGUCACCCUGAGUCUGACUGGGCCGUCCUUAAGGUUUCGGUCAGGGUGGGGAGAGUGAAAGCCAUCAGGUAUCAAGGCCACCCAAUACAGAAGAGCUGGCACGACCACGGCUACGACACUGCCUGGGUGCCACCCGACUGUGAGAUGAUGAAGAGCGGUCUGGCGGGGGAUUGUGUCUGGGAUCCAGAUCGAAUCCAGAUCAUUGAAAUCAUCGACCCACGUCCAGUCCAACCCUCACAUGGCUACAAUUUCAGCAUGGCAGCCAAAGACACAGUGAGACUUAAUGAAACAGCCAUUCAGAAGGAGAUACAGUGGACCAACACCAGCCUUUCUACACCAGUCCAGGCCUCUUCAGCUAAACACAGCGAUGGUCCGUCACAAGAGAAGAGGCGUAAAGAGGCUGAUCAGUACCAGCUGAACAGCCGGCCCACUGGCCUCUGCGUCAUCAUGAACAACGAGAACUUCACGUAUAUGAAUCAAAGACGUGGAACCAACAAAGAUGCCCAAAGUUUGGCAGAGGUGUUCAGCUGGCUGGGCUUCAGAGUGCUGAUGUGUAAAGACCAAACCAGGGACCAGAUGGAUCAGGCACUGAAGUGCUUCGCUUCCCUCAGUGACCUCUCUCAGCUGCAGCAGUUCAGUGUUAAGGAGUGGUCCGGCAGCAGAUUCACUGAUCUUCAGGAGGCUCCUAAACAUGGCGAUGCCUUUUUCUGUUCUAUUCUCAGCCAUGGACAGGGCAUUUUUGUCACUGGAAUUGACGGAAAUGACCUCUCUAUUAAAGACAUAACUGGAACCUUCAAGGCAACCGACCAUUCAGCCCUCACUGGCAAGCCCAAAGUGUUCCUGAUCCAGGCCGCCAGUGAAUAUGGUGGAGAUUGUUCAUCUUACCCUCUGGACACUGAUGUUCUAGUUGCCCAUGCAAGUCUUCUUGGCCAGCCGUCAUAUAGAAACACAAUAUCGGGGACCUGGUUCAUCCAAUCUGUGUGUCGGCAGCUAAAGGAGGGCUGUCUGAGGGGUGAAGACAUCACCACCAUCUUCCAUCACGUGAUCGAUGAAGUAAGCCAGAAAGAGGUGCCCGGGCGCGGUGUUGGACUGCAAAUCCCUGAAGUUAGAAACAACCUGAGGAAGGCACUUGUGUUCUCACCGCAUCAAAGUAUGGAAGCGUCGCCGCAGGACGACACUCCUGCCGGUGCUUUCGCGAAGACCGAGGAACUCGACCAGGGAGAGGAUUUGAAAGCCUCUGACGAAGCGAUCACAUUCAUGUCCAGCAUCGAGCCCGCAGAGCUGCAGGAGUGUGUGUUUCCAGACUCUCUGGUCACCGUGUCGGAGAGCGGCCGGGACCUGGGCAGGUUCAGCGUGUCGGUGGAGUUUGCCCGCAGAGCCCAGCAGCCCUGUGUGCUGCUGCAUGCUCAGAGCCAGGGAGCCAUCGAUGACUGCCCCUGUGGAACAACAGUCACAGCCUACCUGACCACCGACCUGGAGGUCCUGGAGGAAAAUUACCAUGAGUAUGUCAAGCUUGAGGGCCACAGUUUGGACAAGAGGUGUCACAUGGUGCAGCGUGAUGGGCAGAUGGUGAUCGAUAAAGUUACCGCUGUAGGAGAGGAUGUGACGACAGAGCGCAUUUCUUACCCCAUGCCUGUCCUAAGAGGGCUGCUGACCGAGGGUUCAAACCUGCUGCUGAUGCGCCUGAUCGCUCUGAGGAAGAAGGUGCCAGAACACAUGACCUUCAUCUCCUUCGACCAGGGACUACAAAUCAUCCACACCACUUUUGGCGAACUGGGUCUGAAGCAGCUGGAGGUUGGGAGUGAGAUGGUGGAGGUGUUUGGAGUGGAGAGGAUUGUUCACUCAGUGGAGGACAGCCCCACGACCUGGCACUGCUACUUCCUGGCUGAUGGGCACUUGGCCAGCAGAGUGCAGGUGGGCUCACCGGUCACCAUAAGACUUCUGCAGCUGCCAUCACAGCUAGAAAAAGGUUUUGAGAAGAUCCCCCUGGUUUGGGAAGAAGACAUGCAGAUGCGCUCCAGCUUCUUGGACAGAAAGGAGGAGCUGAGGGAGGAUCAUGCCUCGUACCUGAGACAACAUCCCGAGAUUCGUGCCCUAAUUUCGGACUUCUUGCAGUUCUUGCUUCUAAGGAAACCAGAUGAUGUCUUCCAGUUUGCUAGAGACAUGAUGGACCGGCCAACACUGUCACGCAUAGACGACAAUUUGGAAUCGUCGGAAGUGGCUGCUCUCUGCUUCUUGUGUCUUGAUGUUAUCAACAGGAAACGCCUAGAGGGGAUUACGGAUGCAAGGGUUCUGUUCGAGAGACUAGAAGAAAAAUGUCUUCUGGAGAACCCUUCCUUCCUUUCUCAGCUGCUCAGUACUAUUCGCAGGGCAGACCUCGUCAGCCUGCUGGAGACCGACAGCAGCCCACCAGAAGAAACUGACUCAAAUCCAAUCCUGUCAGAUUACAGGGUGAUGCUGUACCAGAUAUAUCAGGACGUGACUGAGAAAAAUCUCGAAAUGAUGAAGUUUCUGUUGAGUGACAAGUUGGGCAGAAGGCACAUUGACACAUGCCGUACGGCCCUGGACGUGUUCGCUGAGAUGGAAAAGGUUGGUUUACUGUCGAGCACGAAGCUUGAUCAUCUGUACACAACACUGUUGGAGUUUGAUCAACAGCUGGCAUCGACUGUUCACGACUACAUGCAAGGUGUGAACCGGCCAGGUCACACUGCAUCACUACCUCGUGUCAGCAUGGAUUACCAGAGGGUGAACAGCUCUCCUCUGCAGAAUCAAACUACCCUUUCCAUAUCUGAGACUCAGCCCAGAAAUGUAGGACAGAGUGUUGUCCCUGAUGCAGAACCAAACAUUGAGUCCUCCUCUUCGCCUGAUCCGACAGAAUACUACACCCUGACACGUAACCCUCGUGGCGUGUGUAUGGUCAUCAACAAUGAGCAAUUCCGUGGACCAGAGUUUAAAGAUAGAGCCGGUACUCAGGUGGAUGAGAAGGCUCUCUGCAACGUGUUCAUACAGCUUGGCUUUGACAUGGAGGUGCACAACAACUUGACUGCAGAAGACAUGCGACGUGAAAUCAAAACCCUGGGCAAAAGGAAUUUUUCCAGCCACGAUGUCCUGGUGGUAUGCGUGCUCUCACACGGAGACAUUGGGUGUGUGUUUGGGACUGAUGAGAACAAGGUGUGUUUGAAGGAAUUCACACAGCCCUUCACGAGCGUGAGAGCUCCCAGCUUAGCAGGGAAGCCCAAGCUGUUCUUCAUCCAGGCGUGUCAGGGAAGGGGCUACCAGUUCGGAGCCCAGCCAUGUGCCCUGAGCCAAGAGGAGGACGGAGAGAGGUAUCUGGAGGACGACGCAGGUCCUGUACACGGCCAGACGGUGCCUGCAGAAGCUGACUUCCUGCUGGGCAUGGCCACCGUGCCAGAGUGCAGGUCGUUUCGAAACACUGUGUUAGGCUCCAUCUACAUCCAAGAGCUGUGUAGGCAGCUCCUGAGGUCAGCAGAUAGCGCUGCAAACGACGAUAUACUCAGCAUCCUGACACGUGUGAACAGGGAGGUCAGCAAAGGAGAGUAUAAAAGCUUCAAACAAAUGCCAGAGCCCAAAUACACCCUCACCAAGAAGCUCGUCCUCAAACGCGUGUGACGGGGACCAGGUGCAACGCUGGAAAUGUGCCAUAAUCCUGGAUUCACAUCGGAACACAGUAGUGUAAUUGUGUGUAUGACUGUGUGUGUGUGUGUGCGUGUGUGUGUGUGCGCGCUGAUGUCUCCUAUUCUUAAUCUUAAGAACAAAAACCAUCAUGGAAAAUUAAAUGUUACAGAAGCCGUUCUGAGAAAAUAUGUUGAAAUUUUUUGUGAUUAUUCCAAUGAAAUUUAGGAAAAAUCAAUAAAAAAGUUUCUUUUUGUCAAAGCAAA